UCAUAUUCAACAGUGUGGAGAGAAGUGACGUGGAGUACUAUGAAGAUAACAAGCGGACGUCUGCUGAAAACUUCAGAAACUAUGAGAGGAGUCGUGACUAGAUGUGUGGAUGAGCUAAGCCAGUGGUGGUAAUACCGGGCGCCUCAGGAUUCCUGCUUCCACUUCGGCGGGACAAGUUUUGUAUCCGGGUAUUAACAACACAGUAAUAGCUGGCUAGCCCAUUAGCUAACAGGAACAGCAUCGGCUCUAGCAAUAGCUCUCAGUCAGCGUCAUGCAAUUCAUAUACUGUAUCAUCACCAGAAUAUGAUCACCACGAAGAAGGAAAUCACUCAUCGCCCUUGACGUGCUUGUAUUGCCGGAAACUGCAGUUGUUAGCUUGUAUUAGCUCCUCGGUUUAGCAGGUAAACAACCAAGCAGACUGUCAAAAUGUGCUCUCUGCUCCGGGGGGAAGAGAUGUGUCUGGCCCAGCUGUUCCUGCAGUCCGGGUCCGCAUACGACUGCAUCAGUGAACUUGGAGAACUGGGGCUAGUGGAGUUUAGAGACCUCAAUCCCAGUGUUACCACAUUCCAGCGGAAACACGUCAAUGAGAUAAAGAAAUGUGAAGAGAUGGAGAGGAUCCUUGGGUACCUUCUGAGGGAAGUCAAGAAAGCCGACAUUUCACUCCCAGAAAGAGACGUGAACCCAGUAGCUCCUUUACCCAAGCACAUCAUGUCUAUAAUGGAGCAGCUGCAGAGAUUGGAAGUGGAGUUGGGUGAAGUCACCAGGAAUAAGGACAAGCUGCAGAGGAAUCUUCUGGAGCUGACAGAGUACACACACAUGCUGCGCAUCACACGCACCUUUGUGCAGAGAUCAGUGGAGCGAGACCCCCUACAAGCUCAAUAUGAGGAGUUUCCCUUCCUUGAGAAAGACACAAUGCUGGAAUACAGCAGCAUGCAAAGACUUGGAGCCAAAUUGGGGUUCAUUUCGGGGCUUAUUCAGAGGACAAAGAUCCAGGCGUUUGAGCGAAUGCUUUGGAGAGUGUGUAAAGGCUACACCAUCCUCAGCUACGCAGAGGUCGAGGAGUAUCUGGAAGACCCUGACACAGGGGAGCCUUCCAAACGUGUGGUGUUCCUCAUCUCUUACUGGGGAGACCAGAUCGGACAGAAAGUGAAGAAGAUCUGUGAUUGCUACCACUGUCACUUGUAUCCGUAUCCCAGUAGCAAUGAGGAGAGGAAUGAUGUUGUGGAAGGACUAGGAACUCGCAUUCAGGACCUGCACACAGUACUCCACAGGACGGAGGACUACCUGAAGCAGGUUUUGAUGAAGGCCUCAGAAUCCGUCUACACCUGGGUCAUCCAGGUCAAGAAGAUGAAGGCCAUCUACUAUAUUCUGAACCUGUGUAGUUUGGACGUUACUAACAAGUGUCUGAUCGCUGAGGUGUGGUGUCCUGUCGAUGACAUUCCCACACUGCAGAGGUCCCUGGAAGAAGGAUCGAGAAAAAGCGGAUCGACGGUUCCUUCCUUUGUCAAUCGCAUCCCCACCAACGACGCUCCCCCCACACUGAUAAGGACCAACAAAUUUACCUCUGGCUUCCAGAACAUUGUGGACGCCUAUGGAGUGGGCAAUUACAGAGAAGUUAACCCCGCUCCUUUCACAAUCAUCACUUUCCCAUUCCUGUUUGCGGUGAUGUUUGGGGAUCUGGGCCAUGGAGCGAUCAUGGCUCUGUUUGCUCUCUGGAUGGUGCUGUACGAGAACAACCGCAAACUUAAAAACACCAGAAAUGAGAUCUGGAACACAUUCUUUGAGGGGCGUUAUAUCAUCCUGAUGAUGGGCCUGUUCUCCAUCUACACUGGCCUGAUUUACAACGACUGCUUCUCCAAGUCCCUUAACAUCUUUGGUUCUGGAUGGAGUGUGAAGGCCAUGUUCACAGAGGGGGUGUGGAAGACUGCUGAUAUCCGUGGGAAUCGUUUUCUCACUCUAGAUCCAAAUGUUACGGGAGUUUUCACUGGACCGUACCCUCUGGGAAUUGACCCGAUCUGGAACUUGGCAUCCAACCGGCUUACAUUUCUGAACUCGUAUAAGAUGAAGAUGUCAGUAAUACUGGGCAUCAUACACAUGAGCUUUGGGGUCAUCCUCAGCACUUAUAAUCACUUGCACUUUAAGAAGAAGUACAACCUCUACUUGGUAUUUCUCCCUGAGCUCCUCUUCCUGCUGUGUCUGUUUGGCUACCUGGCGUUCAUGAUAAUCUACAAGUGGCUGGUGUUCACUGCUAAGGACUCCCGACUCGCUCCAAGCAUCCUCAUCCACUUCAUAAACAUGUUCCUCAUGCAGGGGGACGGAAUGCAGCCCCUCUACCCAGGACAGACCGGCCUGCAGGUGUUUCUGGUGGUCAUUGCUGUUCUCUCCGUGCCUGUCUUACUCCUGGGGAAACCUGUCUACCUUUACUGGCUUCACAACGGCAGCAACCGCAUAGGGAUGUACAGGGGAUAUGAGCGUGUACGGCGUAACAGUGAAGAGGAGCUCUACCUGAUGAGGGCUCAUGACAUGGAGGAGGGCAGCGGCCACAGUGAUCUCUCCACCAGUGGAAAGCGCCCGACAGAGGAGUUUGACUUUGGAGAUGAGUUCCUUCAUCAGGCCAUUCACACUAUAGAGUAUUGCCUGGGUUGCGUCUCCAACACAGCCUCCUACCUCAGGCUCUGGGCUCUGAGCCUGGCACAUGCCCAGCUAUCAGAGGUGCUGUGGGCCAUGGUAAUGCGAGUUGGACUACGAAUGGACACAACUCUCGGGGUUUUAUUCCUAGUGCCUGUGUUUUGCCUGUUUGCCGUUCUUACUGUGUCCAUCCUCCUGGUAAUGGAGGGUCUGUCUGCAUUCCUUCAUGCUCUCCGGUUGCACUGGGUGGAGUUCCAAAAUAAAUUCUACAGCGGGACUGGAGUCAAGCUUUGCCCCUUUGCCUUCUCUCUCCUGCCAUCCAGCUUUGAACAUGACGGCUUACUGUGAAGGGAAUGUGGUAAUGGUUAGGUGGUUAAAGGAGCCAAAAACAGCUGCUUUUAAAGAUAUGUUCUAAAGAAGUCAUGAGAGGAUUUUGAAUGUUCUUGUCAUCUUUGAAACAAUAAUUGCAAGUGUACUGUAUGUAAGACAGGGUGUUUUGUACCACCAGCAUCAGUUUGCUUCACUUGAGGUUGAAAUGUGAGGCUUAGAUUUAAACGUAACUUGUAUACGUAAAACCAUUUUUCUACUGAGGCAUCCUGGUUACAGUUGAUGACACUUGCACAUUGAAAAAUAUGUGAAAAAAGAUUGAGUGAUUUUAGUAUGAGAUAACUUAACAGGAAUGAACACAUGGGGUUUGCUAUAUAAA